CGCAUGCGUACGGCAGCCUUCCAGGGAGCUGUCCAAAGACAGUCGGUGCUGGAGUGUUUGGACAGAACACACACACACACACACACACACAAUGGAGGAAGAGUUAAAAUGUCCAGUGUGCGGUUCUGUGUUCAAGGAGCCCAUCCUGCUUCCUUGCUCGCACAACGUGUGUCUGGCGUGUGCGCGCAGCAUCAGCGUGCACACCCCGGACGGCGAGCCCCCGGUGCAACAGAGCCGAGCCUCGGCCAGCUCGGACUACGACUACCUGCUGGACGUGGACAAGAUGAGCCUGUACAGCGAGACGGACAGCGGCUACGGUUCGUACACGCCCUGCCAGCUCAAGUCGCCCAACGGCGUCCGGGUGUUCCCCUCUUCCGCCGCCGCCGCGCAGCGCCUCUGCUCGCUCACCUGCCCGCUGUGCCACCGCAGCGUCUCGCUGGACGAGCGCGGUCUGCGGGGCUUGCCUCGGAACCGGCUCCUGGAGGCCAUCGUGUCGCGGUACCAGCAGCACCGAGCCGUGUCCUCCUCGUCCUCUUCCUCCGGGGCUCCCAAGUGUCAGCUGUGUGACCGCAACCCGGUGGACGCGGCGGUCAUGUGCGAGCAGUGCGACGUCUUCUACUGCAACGCGUGCCAGCAGCGGUGCCACCCGUCCCGCGGCCCGCUCGCCAAGCACCGCCUCGUACCGCCGCCGACUCACCAGCCGGGCCAUGCGGCCUCGGCGGCGGCCGGGCAGCCCCCGGCCACCGCUCGCAAGCCGGCGACGUGCGUGGAGCACGAAGCGGAGAACUUCGUCAUGUACUGCUGCAGCUGCAGAGCCCCGGUGUGCGCCAAGUGCGUGGAGGAGGGAAGGCACGCCAAACACGACGUCAAGCCGCUGGCCCUCAUGUGGAAGCAACACAAAUGUCAGCUCUCGCAGGCCCUCAACGGCGUCUCGGACAAAGCCAAAGACGCCAAAGAGUUCCUGGUCCAGCUGAAGAACAUGCUGCAACAGAUCCAGGAGAGCGGCGUGGAGUUUGAAGCCUGCCUGGUGGCCCAGUGCGACUCGCUGAUCGAGGCGUUGACGCGUCAGAAAGCCAAACUCCUCACCAAAGUCACCAAGGAGAAGGAGUACAAACUUAAGGUGGCACGUGACCAGAUCACCCACUGCACCAUGAAGCUGCGCCAGACCACGGGCAUGAUGGAGUACUGCCUGGAGGUGCUCAAGGAGAACGACCCAAGCGGCUUCCUCCAGAUCUCGGACGCCCUCAUCAAGCGGGUGACGUCGUCUCAGGACCAGUGGGUCAAAGGUAACUUGGAAGCCAAGGUCGGCCCCGAAUUCCAUCUCACCCUCAACACCGACUCGCUGCUCCAGACCAUCCUGCAGCUGGACUUCUGCCAGGGCAAAGAUGUGCAGGAGAGCCCCUUAUUGAAACAAAUGCAGCAGGCAGCAGCAGGCAGUGGUGAGGCUGACAGCGAGACAGAAAGCCCAGGAGUGGAGACCGGACCCUCAGUGCCGCCGGCACCCCUCCUGCAGCUGGAGAAGUGCUGCAGCAGGAACAACAGUGCCACCCUGGCCUGGAGGGUAACUGCGGCACAAGCCAAUCCCAUCGAAGGCUACAUACUGGAGCUGGAUGACGGCAACGGAGGACAGUACAGGGAGGUUUACGUGGGGAAGGAGACGGUGUGCACGGUGGAUGGACUCCACUUCAACAGCUCCUAUAACACCAGAGUGAAGGCCUACAGCGCCAUCGGAGUGGGACCGUACAGCAAGACGGUGGUGCUCAAGACUUCUGACGUGGCUUGGUUUGCCUUUGAUCCCACCUCAGCGCACCGGGACAUUGUGCUGUCCAACGAGAACCAGACGGUGUCAUGUAACAGCUACGACGAUCGUGUGGUGCUGGGGACCGCCGCCUUCUCCAAGGGCGUCCACUACUGGGAGGUUUGUAUCGACCGCUACGACAACCACCCGGACCCCGCCUUUGGCAUAGCCAGGAUCAACACCAUGAAGGACAUGAUGCUGGGCAAGGACGACAAGGCCUGGGCCAUGUAUGUGGACAACAACCGCUCCUGGUUCAUGCACAACAACUCACAUACCAACAGGGCAGAGGGAGGCAUCACUAAGGGCUCAACCGUGGGCGUCCUCCUGGACCUUACCAAGCACACACUGACCUUCUUCAUCAACAAGGAACAACACGGGCCGACUGCCUUUGAGAGCCUGGACGGGGUCUUCAUGCCCGCCGUCAGCCUCAACAGAAACGUGCAGGUGACCUUAUCAACAGGUCUGGAGUUGCCGAAAAACCGCAAACAAUAGGCGACUGGUGCGAAAGAUUUCAACAACACUGUCCUCUACAGGUUCCCCUCAGCGUGUAUGCUCCGUUAUUUAGGUGUCAGAGACUUCCCCAAAGAGAUUCUUGUUGAUUUAACUUCCUUUCUAACACUACCACUCAGACUUGAUCGUUUCCCCUGAAUGUGGACUAGCAAAACGGCAAGCAGAGAGCAGACUCUACUAUUGUCAGGAGUUCAAGAGGCGACUGGGGUUGUUGCAGCCAUGACAUACUGAGUGCAACUGCAGCAGCACUGUCACUUUGGAUUGAGCAUGGAAGUGUCAUCAUCCGUUGUUGCAGCCCAGGUAGCAGAAAGACCGUUUCGAAGUUGUUUCAGUCGCUUGGCAAAAGUUAAUCCUUCUUUAUAGGCUUUGUCCUCGGUGACCUUUGUUUACUUUACUGCAUCACGGCUGUCUACACUUACGUCUCUUAAAGUGCUCAUGACACCAAAGCACGUUAAUCUUAUUUUCGCCUUGAAAAAUAACAUUGAAAGGCAUAUUUCCUGUGUUAGAUGUGUGCUCCAAUGUUGAAAUAUUUACCAUUUUUGUACACUUUUCGUCACUUUUUCCGGGACUGGAGGAGGAGGAGGAGGAGGAGGAGUGGCGUUUACACCAGAAUUUCCCACCCGGAAGCUCUCAUCCACUGCAAUGCUUUCGCCGCUGUUACGGUCUAGUUCUGGAUGAACUUGUGUUGUUUGUUAUAUAUUUUGAUAUCAUGCCCGCUUGUUGAGUUGAAGGAUUUGUUGGAACCCUCGAGGAGAUGGAGUGAGCUUGUUCGCAUUUCCAAAGACACCAUUCGCCUCAUCAGAUGAUUGGCAAAUUUCGUGGGACAAAUGUUUCCAUACUGCCCCGCAGAUGGAAAUAAAGUAAAAAGACGGAGUUUGGAAAAGCGUGCCAAGGUGGCAGUAAGUCAAUCCAAACUUCUUGUACCAUUUCUCAAUUGGAAGCAGUCUAGUACUCAUGGUGGCUAAUGCAGUGCUAAUUCCUAUCUGGUUUGUUAUGACGUGCUAGCUUAGUGGUUAAUGUGCUAUCUGUUGUAGCGCGCAACAGUACUGUAAAUUCAAAACGUUGUCUCUGAUUGCAGCGUCACUACAAAUCUUAAAAUAAUAAUAUUGGUUUUCAUGGGAAAUUGCUUGCUAAACGCCGAUUGUCUAUGGUUUUUUAGCUCUGUGCGGUGUGCUAAGAGUUAGCUGGUAGUCGUCAGUGGCUAUCACUGCCAGUAAAACAUAUCGUAGUCCUCACAACACAAUAUUAGCCAAUGUUGUUAUUGUUGUCAAUAUGUCACACAUUCAUGGCUGUGCUUCUUUGCAACUGGUUGCCGGUGUCACCCGUAAGUGUCCUAGACCUGAAUUGUUAGCAAAACAUGGAUUGCAGUUACUCAUCUUUCUAGCCUGUUUUGCAGUCCAUGCGUCAGUUUCAGUAAGUAAAUCCAUAUUUUUUGACUACAUCUAUUCUCGGAAUCUUAGUAUAAUAGUAUGGGCUUUCUCUUCACGUCACAUACGCUGGCUAUCGCAAGCUCGCGCCGCCCGGCACUUUACAUUCACUUAGCCGAUCAAACGCCCCAGCAAGCGCCAACCGCCGGAACGAAUGCCCCACAGAACAUCCACACUGGAACUGUGGCAUUCUGCUUAGAAACGAUCACUUUUCUGCUUUCAUGCAUAUUAGCGUUUGUUGCUAACUGCCAGCUAGCACUCAGUGUAUUCAAUCACUACGUACAGUAGCUAGCCACGUACUGUACUAAAACGCUGAAAAGCUGACGGAAGGCUCACUCUUUCUCUUCAUUUGACUAUACAACCAAUGUGCUCAGAUACAAGCAGAGUGAACCCUCUUGUUAUCCAGCCUGUGUGCUACAGCGAGACGAGGAAAUGGAACGAGCAUACGUACAUGUCAAUUUAUCGACGCAACAAAAUGAUCAGACUAUUUUUCUCUAUCGUUUGAUUGAUCGUUUUAUCGAUUAUCGUGACAGGCCUAGCUGAAGCAUGUGUUUUCAUCUGGUUCCCGAAGCGUGUUCUGGUCAUGACGUGAAAGCCAAGAUGGUGUCGGUUCCGAAAAGUUGAAGGGGGCCGUGUCAAAAUCACCCCUUCAAGUCACUCGUAUUCCAUAGUUGUUCAUCAGCAGUUUGACAAAAAUGUUUUAUUAAGUGAAUACAGUCGGCCCUCUUUUAUGCCGGUUAACUGGUCCCAGACCAGACUGCGAUAAGUGAAUUUCGAAAGUAGGAAAUAGGAUUCAAUAUUAAUAAACAGAAUAUUUUUGUAGUGAGAGCACAGAAAACCUGUUUAUGAUAUUCUAAAUGCAGUUUUAUUUUUUUAUCAUUAUUAGAGCCCUGUAGACAUGAAAUAACACCCCUAUAGUCAUCUUUACACUCCUGUUAUUCUUUGUUUACAUCACAUUGCUCAGGCUAUGGGAUCAAUGCAGGGACAUUACAGAUGGCCGUUGCUAACAUAGCAAGCUGCCCAACUAACUAGUUAGCCUCUCCAAUGUACUUAUUAUAAACUUAAGUGUUUCCACAGGAGUGGGCAGGAAGGACAAAGAAGCCAAAAACUUACCACUUCCACACGGAGUACAGUCUCAGCCAUGGCACGUCCGUCUCAGCCAUGGCAUGUUGGCUCGGUACCGCUGGCUCAGUAGCCACUCUCCAUGCAGUGUGAAAGCUAACUGAUGCCGAGUGACCAGUGUAGAAUACUACGUAUAACUUGUCUUUCAAUGUUUUUGGACUAAUAAUAGGCCAUAGUCAAUCAUGAAACAGCCAUCAUUUAUUACUUUUUUGGGGGCAAAACUGCGAUAUAGUGAGUGGCAACUGUCCUUUCAUUUUGUGAUUGUUUUUUGUGUCAUAAGCACUUCAGGUUUUUCUUAAAAAGGCAGUUUUGCGACACACCAGAAGCUUGACGGUUAGCUUAGCUUCAUUUAGCAUGAGGAUGACAGAUGAGCCGUGUGUUUAGUUUAAACUACUCGCUAUUGAUUAUCCAUUACCAAAGCAGGUACUACAAGGUACUAUUUCCAGCCAGUCAAGUUACAAAGUGUGCUGAGCUGACACCAGAUCCGUUUCCUUGCUGCCCUCAGUCUCCUCCUGAAUAACAUCUGUUGCCCUGCUGUGGUAAACACAAGACAUGUUUGUCACCCUCCUUUGUUGUCGUUUAUGAGCGUGGAUAGACUGAUUGACCGCGUGAAAUGAGACAGUUUAAGCUUAAUCAGUCAAAGAAGAAACAUAGGCAAAACAACAGUCAUGCUAGAGAAGAGAAGUAACAAGACAGAGCAUCUCAAACAGAAUCACAAAUGUCUUCAGCGUGAGGGGAUGAAGCAGAAAAAGCAAAGGAACUGAGCUUUUUUUGUUGUCUCUGGAGACACAAAGUGAAUAUUUUAUAUGUAAUGUCUGGGAGAAGAGUGAGCUUUCUCUCAUGGUAAUUUUAUAGCAUUCUCCUCUUUUAGUUUCUCUGAGUGUUGCCUUCAAACAACAAGAAGUGGCAUCGGGUAAACACGCUGCCAUGAACGAUCACUGUGACCAACUUAGCUCAUUAUCAAGAUUCAUAUUGAGAAAUAGGAGAAACUAUUAAAACAGGAAGGCGCUGGGAAAGAAUGGUAGUUUCCCAACAAACGGCCUAUAAUAUUACAAGACGCUGCCCUGCCAAACAGAUUCAAGUGCUGUUAUCCCAGUGCACUAAUGGGUUGAAGUCUUACAAUGCGGGCCGUGUGUUUGGGACAAAUGCAAAUAAUACAAAAAUGAAUGCAAAUGAUGUGCAAUGUGAAGCAUGAACUGAGCAUCAAUCUUCUCAAGCUGCAUUGAAAAUAGUUUGUGCAUUUAUUGUGUUGUUUACUGCCAACUGCUGUGAAAACUCGCCCUCUGCUGUCCGACGGAGGAAUCACGACUCCGAGUCAGGCGGCAUAAAAUGUGACGAAGCCAUCGCUGUACACUCACAUCUUCUACAUACAUUUUAGAGACGCACGGUAUCUUUUCCAAACCGAUAACGAUAACUUUUUAAAAUGUACUUGAAAAAAAAUUGAUUUAAGUGUAGUUUGUGCACACCUGGAGGUAAGAAGGACUGAAACAAAUUAGGAUUUGACCAACUGUACCUGUUGAUUUGUCUUCCUCGGAAAGUGAAUGUUUGUUUCCAAGUGAGCUCAGGGGAAGUUACAACAGGCUGUUAACAUCACAGGCAGGGGAAAAAAAGGAGCGCUUGAAUUGCUCACCCACACAGUACAGGUAGUCUCGCCUCAUUUGAGUGUUCUUUUGAAAUUAUUGGUUAUCGGAGCUAUUUUUUAAUGUUAUUGCAUUUAUCGGUAUGAUGCCAUAAAUCCCUCAUAUCGGUCCAAUAAUUAUCGUGCACCCCCAAUACAUAUAUCAAUAUAUUAUAUUUGCUUUUUUUAAUAUUUAUAUAUAUAUAUAAUUUAAAUCAACACUAUGAUGGUCAAACAUUGGAAUAUAAACUAUGAUUUAGUAAGUCCAUUAAAAACCACACAGGUCACACACGUUGACUUCUUGCAGGUGUCCGUGCAGUGUAUUAUUUGCUGAGCGGGGCUGAAUGUGAUCUGCCAGAUACCACCUUCAUUAAAGGGCUUACGACAUCACGUCUCCAAACUUUACAAACAGCUCCGACUCAAGAACAGCCCAUAAUAUGCUGAUUUGACAUGUUGACUGUGGUGUGGAUGCUACAUAAUUAACGUGGAGUCAUUGUGCAGCAUGUCCCUUUUACCUCACACCUGCCCACCCGUGAAUGUCUUAAACUUGACAUAUAUGUAUUAUUUAUGUUAUGGUGCUUGGGGUGGGGAGAUGGUGCAUGUCACUGCUAUCUAACUUUAAAAGUCAUUUAUUUAGCAAGUAUGUACAUAUAUUUAUGAAUACUUGUUUGUUUGUUGUUAUAAAGUUGCUGCUGUUGAUAUUGAUGACUUUCUUUUUAACCAAGUGAUGUAAAUAAGGAGCUCAAUUAGCAUUUACUGUAUGUUCAUUCUUUGAAGGAAAACUGUACUUUUGUUUUUUUGGAAAUUUAGCCCAUCAACAACAAUCAUUCUGUGAGACAUGAACACGUGUCUCUCUUUUCUGUGAGUUGUAAAGGUAUCAAAACAGAUAAAAAGAGGCAGGUAAUUAAUGCACAUAAUGGGACACACAUGAAAGUCCGCUAUUAAAACACCUCCAAAAAGCUCCAACAAGGUUUUAUGGUUUUCUAUCCAUGCUGUGAGCAUGUAGUAACAGGUACAUUCAUGAUAACAUGGAAUACUUACAGUAUUUUGGGAACUUCCUUCCUGGGUGCAUUGAUUUCACAGAGCAACGUAGAAAGGAACGCUACACCUAGCGUUAACUUUUCCACACUCAUAAACAAAAGCACAGCGGCAGUGGCGGCAGCUCCAAUAUGUAGCGUUACCUUUCUCUGGUGGCCUGAUAUAAUAUAAUCUAAUAUGCAGGUGACAUUAUGGAAAUGCAGCUUUUUGGAGGUUUUUUCGGAAAGCUUUAUCGGUGGAAUAGGUGCGUCCCAUUACGUGUAUUCUCACCUGCCUCUUUUUAUAUCUUUAGAAUGCACAGAACAGAGAAAGAUGUGUGUUUAUGUGUAAGGAUUGUGGAUGAUGGGCAGAAGCCCAAAAAAAAUUGCACUUUUCCUAUAAACAACCUCCCCCCCUUCAGCCCUCCACCCUUCUUGCCAAGCUGUGAAUGUUUUGUACGACUACAUGGUUUCUAUAUGAGCAUCAUUUAAUGAACAAACACCGUGCGUGCACGCACACGCACACACACGUUUUCUUUUUGGUCCUUUGUAAAACAGAAAUAAAUGACCUGUGAUGACAAACGUGUCUGUCGUGGUGCACUGACAUCACCUCCAAUGUCCAUGAUAAAGCUUGAAACAGCAUCCACUGUGGAAUAGGAGUCCACACAUAAUGUUCGUUGAGUCUUUAGCAUGUUAGUCACACUUGUUUGUCUCCAUUUUCCAUAUUGUGAUGAUGAUUCAUCAGAGCCAUAGAUUCAUCAUAGCCACUGAGGUGAGUGUAUUUAAAAACAGAUGAGGGGUAAAACGAGCUUGAGUCUGGAUGUCAGGCUCCCACUGUGACGUGUAUCCAGUGUUCCCCCCCCAUUGUUGUCCGUGUCAGAUGCCAUCUCACCUGGGUUUAGGUGAGUGGCGGGGCGUUUACGCCAUCAUCGUCCUAAUGAGAUGUUUCACACAGUCACGCUAGUCACAGCAGGGUGAACGUGUCUGUUGUUCUUCCUCUCCGUGACCAACACUGGACAAACAUGUCAACAACUUGUGACGUCUCCCGAAUGGGGCGUUAGACCACGAUGUGCAGAAGCCCCGCCCCUCCAAUGGCGUUAACCCGCCGUGACAUACCCACCUUAUUUGCCUCCCCUUUUGCCCU